AGGCGGGACUAGCCCGAAAACGAGUGGGAAGUGAAAACUGUCGAACUAGAAAAGUAGGUUACGCAGGCAGGCAGAUCGCUGCUAAACUGUCCUGCCUGAAUUACAAAUGAGGCUUUUUUAACAUCGCUAAUUUAGUUUUGGAUAAAAUAAGUGUUAGUUCGUCGACUAAGGCAUCAUGUUCGUGUUUCCCCGAGCCCGUUUUUUUUUAAUGUCCGUUUUAAUCAGCGGAGCUUUGCUGUUGCUACAGGACGCUGCGGCUUUCUAUCUUCCGGGUCUGGCUCCGGUUAGUUUCUGUGAAAAACCAACAGAAGGACAAGAAUGUCAGGACAAAAUCGAGCUGUUUGUGAACAGGUUGGACUCAGUGGAAUCUGUUUUGCCAUAUGAAUACACAGCGUUCGACUUCUGUACGAUAAAUACUGGGAAGCGGCCAUCCGAAAACUUGGGCCAGGUUCUUUUUGGAGAAAGAAUUGAACCGUCUCCAUACAAGUUUACCUUCAAAAAACAAGAGACUUGUAUGCCUGUGUGCACCAAAAAGUACAACACUGCCAAUGCACCGGACAAAGGUUUCCUAGAUUUUCUCAAGAAGGGCAUGUUACUCAACUACCAACAUCACUGGAUUGUGGAUAACAUGCCGGUGACCUGGUGUUACGAUGUUGAAGAUAAUCAGAAGUUCUGUAAUCCUGGUUUUCCUAUUGGGUGCUAUGUUACAGAGACCGGUCUGGCUAAAGACGCCUGUGUUGUUAAUUCUGAAUUCAAUGACAAAGACACCUUCUACAUGUUCAACCAUGUGGACAUUACCAUUUUCUACCACAUUGUGGAGAAUGAAGCCGCUGGUGCCAGGCUGGUAGCUGCCAAGUUGGAGCCCAAGAGCUUUAAGCAUACCAACCCGGAUAAUCCUGACUGCAAGGGACCUCCCAUGAGCCUCGGCAACACGUUCAGCGGGGAGAUCAGCAUCCCCUACACCUACAGCGUGCAGUUCAAGGAGGAGCCAAACAUCCGAUGGGCCUCUCGCUGGGAUUAUAUUUUGGAGUCUAUGCCUCACACCAACAUCCAGUGGUUUAGUAUAAUGAACUCGCUGGUGAUUGUGCUGUUCCUGUCUGGUAUGGUGGCCAUGAUCAUGUUGCGUACACUACACAAAGACAUCGCCCGCUAUAACCAGAUGGACUCUGUGGAGGACGCUCAGGAGGAGUUCGGCUGGAAGCUGGUGCAUGGCGACGUAUUCAGGCCACCGCGUAAAGGCAUGCUUCUGUCGGUGUUUUUAGGAUCUGGCACACAAAUCUCCAUCAUGACCUUCGUCACCCUCUUUUUUGCAUGUCUUGGCUUCCUGUCCCCCGCUAACCGUGGAGCUCUGAUGACGUGUGCGGUGGUGUUGUGGGUGCUGCUGGGAACUCCGGCCGGCUACAUUGCAGCUCGAUUCUACAAGUCAUUUGGAGGAGAGAAGUGGAAGACCAACGUUUUGCUGACAGCGUUCCUCUGCCCCGGUGUGGUGUUUGCUGAUUUCUUUCUCAUGAACCUGAUUCUCUGGGGCGAGGGCUCAUCAGCUGCCAUGCCCUUUGGAACCUUGGUUGCCAUUUUGGCUUUGUGGUUCUGCAUCUCUGUCCCCCUCACCUUUAUUGGAGCCUACUUUGGAUUCAAGAAAGCCGGUAUCGAGCACCCCGUGCGCACCAAUCAGAUCCCACGGCAGAUUCCAGAACAGUCUUUUUACACAAAACCCCUCCCUGGCAUUGUGAUGGGUGGCAUCCUGCCCUUCGGCUGCAUCUUCAUCCAGCUGUUCUUCAUCCUUAACAGCAUCUGGUCCCAUCAGAUGUACUACAUGUUCGGCUUCCUCUUCCUAGUCUUCAUCAUCCUGGUGAUCACAUGCUCUGAAGCUACCAUCUUGCUUUGCUACUUCCACCUGUGUGCUGAGGAUUAUCACUGGCAGUGGCGCUCCUUCCUCACCAGCGGCUUCACAGCGGCAUACUUCCUCGUGUACGCCGUACAUUACUUCUUCUCCAAGUUGCAGAUCACGGGACUCGCCAGCACCAUCCUCUACUUCGGCUACACUAUGAUCAUGGCCCUCAUCUUCUUCCUCUUUACAGGAACGAUCGGAUUCUUCGCCUGUUUCUGGUUCGUGACGAAAAUCUACAGCGUGGUGAAAGUGGACUGAGCCUGGAUAAUUCUCUCUCCUGCCCCUGUGGGAGGAAAACAAGCACUCUCAGACAGAUCUUCAACUUCCAUUGGAGUUUGUUUAAUUUUGUGUGUGUUUCACACAGGUAAAGGAGCACUACUGCAUAAUGCAACACAGAACACACGGUCACUAGUGCAUAUUUCUUAAGCUACAUUUUUCAACUGAUGUAUGUAAAUAUCACUUUUUGCUAAUGUGGAAGUGCAUCAACUACAGACAUUUUGCGGUGUUAGAAGUAUGACUUUGUAAAUGUAUAUAUAAGUUUUCUUUCCUAAAUGCUAAGAAACGUCCAAAAAGCAGAGCAGCUUCGUACAAAUAGUACAUCGUACUGCGGCUUUGAGUUGUUCGUUUGUUUGUUUGUUUUUGAGGGGGGCGGGGGAGUGUUAUCAAUCAGCUGACUUUUCUUACUUCUAUUUAACGCUUCUUAUUUUAAUUAAGACUUUCUAUUGAUUUAAAUCCUCACAAUCUGUCUCAUCAAGAUUAAAAGAAACGUUUCACCUUGAACACUGCGAGCGAUAAAUAAAAGCUAACUCCUCUCAGAUUUGAUUCUUUUUUUUAGCAAAGCAUGUUUAAAGUGAAAUGUUUCUUGUGUACAUGUUUAAAAGGGUCAGGUUUUGCCAUUUGGUGUAAGAUCUGACCCCAGACAAGCAGUCUAAUGAAGGUUGUUUGUGCAUAUGAACCUGGUACUGGCUUAUUUUCUUACCUUGAUUGUGUUGGACUGUUAUGGGAUUCGGUGUCUGUCUGUAAUUGUUUUUGAAGGGAGGUCGUGUACAUAUGCACACUAUGUAAUUCAUGCUUAAAUUAAAAGUAAUUUUACUUACAAUAACCAAUUUCUUCACUGAUUUGAAAUGAGAUUUCGAAAUGGAAAAAAUCAAUGAAUGUUGGAAAUAAAAGUAUUUCCUUCUCUAAAAUAAAAUGGGUUUUUUUCAUGAUUGAUGAUCAUUCACUUAUUACUGACAACGUGUAAAACUGGUAAAAUGUUCUGGCUGUUUUGUAAAUUGAAGUAGAUAAAGUUUAGCAUCAGGUUGGCUGGCGUAUUCAUUAAAUGAGAUUAAUAUUACAUUAAUAUUAAAAAGUCCUAUUUUAGCGCCCAGGUGGUGCAGCGGGAUAUUCCGCUAACACACCAGCGCCGAGAUUCUGAACUCCUCCCUUUGAAACUCGGUGUUGCCACCGGUCGGCUGGGCGCCAUCUAGCGGGCAUAAUUGGCAGUGCCUGCAGCAGACAUGUUUCUGCUAGGGCGGUAUGACCGGAUUGUGUGGGUGGGGUCUUCAAACGCUGUGUAAGGACUCUGAUAGGCAGGUAGAGAGGCACCUGUGCAGAGUGCAUAGGUAAAAAAGGGGUUCCACUAAUGGCUGCAUGCAGGUCGGAGGAGGCGUGAGCAGCAAUAUACCCACCUCGACUGCAAUCAGGGACAAAUUGACUAUGCUACAUUGGAGAAAAAUAGAAAAAAAAGUCCUAUUUUAUAGUUUGUGUGUACACUGAGAAAUGCACAGUACAACUUAUACACAGAACAAGCAAAGUAUGGAGUGAUAGAAACUUUUGCACUGACCUGUCCCAUCAUGCUCCUAAGUGUGGAAAGAAAAGGCUGACGUUUGAUGGCGGUACAUAACUUUAUCUAUAGUGCUGCUUCUCCAUCCUAAACCUGUAAUUGCCUAAAAAAUUCAAAUAAAAGAAGACACUUGAAACAA